UGUCAGCGUUGGAGACAGCUUGGAUCUAGAGUGCACCGCGGUGGGUUCCAUUCCCGUAAGUCACAUAGAAUGGGAGCUCAAUGGUCAAAACAUGAAUAAGUCAUCGAUACUUCGCCAGACCAACUACUCCGAGACUCUCCGUGACGGUUCUUGGUUCUGGGAUGCCAUCAGCAAAGCCAGGAUUGAGAUUCGGGAAGGAGAGAGUAACUUUGGCGUCAUGUGUCGAAUUUUCUAUCCGGACAACGCCACAUUGUUCACCGAGGAGCAUCUGCAGGUAUUCGUCGUGCAAGGACGAGCAAUAGGGCAAGAGGUUAUUUUGACCCAGCAUCCCUCACCAGUUAGCGUUGGUCAACCAGUGACGUUUACAUGUGACGCAUCUUGCCUCGCUCCGCGAUCCUCCAUCCAGUUGAUUUUUGAUCCUCGUGAGGAGUACUCAAACAUUAACACAAGCUCAUUUCUAAACAUUAAACGUCCUGGCUGCUUCGAAAUCGUAAAGGAGAUUUACUUUACCGCGACGAGACAGCAUGCUGGCCUUGUGAUCACAUGUCAAGUGACCAACCCUUCGAAUACAGUUACUUUGAAAACUUUGGUAGUGCAAGUCGAACAUGCAACGAGCCUCACUCUUGAGAUGAACUCCGAAGUAGUCGAUGACAAGGUUGACGUGAAGAUUGGUGGUCUCUACCGAUUCACGUGUGAGGCGUCUGGGUUAAAUCCAGCCAAUCACACCACGUGGCUUAUUGAAAAAGGGGGCCACCAAUUACCAAUAAAGGGCGCUUGUGAUUGGUUGCCUCCAAACAACACGGAGAGGCGGGACGUUUCGUCUCAAAUCUGCUUAAAUAUCACGGAGGAUCACUUCUUGAGUAGAAUUGUAUGUAGAGUGUUGUUUUCGGCUAACGGAAUUUACGCAGAGGCAGCAGUGAAUCUGUCACUUGAUACGCCAGAACCAGGAAGACCGACUCCUGGGCAAGCCACCACUUUCCUGUCAUCAACCGAGGACCCAGUCACAAGACAAGACGUCUUCAAGCUUCCUAUCAUGUUCACUGUCAUCGUUGUCUCAGUCACAUCCUCUGUUGUUAUCUGCUUUGCUAUAACAAUAGUUUGCAUAACGAAACGAAAAUACCAGCAGACACGUACAAAGGAGGGGGUCGCAACGUCAAAAGAACUUCGCCUGACAGUAUGUUUUAAACUUUGUGUUGUAGGAUAAUAAGUAGGCCUAUUUUUAAACAAAUGACAAUUCACACUUAAAUGAUUUUAAUGAAAUUUCGAUCGACGAUUGUGCCAACUGCAUUAGUGUAUGCGCCUUUUACAGGACUUGCACAUUAAAAAGCCCCAGUUCAGUUUCG